AUGGGUAUCAACAAUCAACGACUUGAAAUUAUAGCACAAGAACAAAUCUUCACUAACAUCCUUAAUUUUACUUCCGCAUCACGAUCAACUGAUGAGAUUUGUUCAAUUUCUUCAACAAUACUUAAUCAAUUUUGUAUCGAUAUAUUACCUAGAAUUCAUAAAAAUGUUAAAUCGCUCAUUGUUGAAUCUUUUUCUAUGGAAUGUAUUUUUGGCGUUAGUAUCUAUUCUAAUCUUACUCAACUCAAAAUUUUUAAUUUCAACAAAGGAAUGGUUUCACGUUAUUUCAUUGAUGAUUCUCACUUUGAACAUAUUUAUAAACAACAAAUUACAGAUCUUAUUCUUGUCAGUAAUGAUAAAAAUAUUGAAAUAUCGCAAGAAGAGUAUACCAAGGAUGUUACUCGAGGAUAUGACAAUUUAAUUCUAACACUUCGUCGAAUGUCAUAUGUUGAAGAAUUAAGUUUAUAUAUUCAUAUAUUGGGUGGAUCAACAUUCAUCUCUGGUAUUCAUCUUAAUAAUAAAAUUCUUAGUCAUAUGCCACGACUUCAUACAUUCUCAUUUUAUUUCGCUUCUGAAAAUACUGUUGCUGAUUCAGCUAUUUGUAUAUCUAAUUCAGAUAUUCAACAAACUUUUACCAAUAUAAAACAUCGACAGAUAGGUUCUUUGAUAGAUUAUGAUAGUUGUAGGAAAUUGAUUUGUCGUGUCUUUUCACUUCCAUAUAAAUUUGAUCGUCUGACAAAUAUCACAAAUAAUACUCCAAAUAUUGUAUUCAAUUCUGUUACUCAUUUGAAAUUACGCGAUAAAUAUCCAUUCAAACACGAAUUUUUCAUUCGACUUGCUCGUGGUUUUCUAUUUCUUAAAAGUUUAUCUAUUGAUACUAUUCUAGCACCAAACUGGAGAGCCGACGAAUAUCAUCUUAAACAUAUUGAUUGGUGCUCAAUUGUUGAAUAUCCUCACCUUAGUUCACUUGACAUCGAUUCUGCAAAUAUUUAUUAUGCUGAACAUUUUCUCAAUGAAACAAAAACACAUCUACCUUGUUUAACUGAAUUAAAAAUUCGCUAUGAAGAUUUGGAAAUGGUGACAAAAAAUUUUACAAGAAAUGAAACACGACGUAAUUGUACUAAAGUUGAUCCAAGUAAACAACAAGAUGAACAUUGGCUAUUUGGUGAAAUUGGUAAUGAUAAACAAGGAUUUUUUUCCAGCAGUCUGCCAACACCAUCAAAUAAUGUUGUUGAUACAACAUCACAAUUAUCCUCUGGAUCAUGGGUGAUGACAUUAGCAGAAUGUCAAGGCAAAACAGUUGAUAAACAUUUAUCAUUUCAAAAAGGUGAAUUUAUUCUUGUACGAGAACAAAAAGAUGCAACAUGGUAUAGUGGUCAGCUUAAUGACAAAAUUGGUUGGUUUCCACGAAAUUAUGUUCGACCAGCAACUGAAAUUGAGAUAGAAAAUAAUAAAAAUUUAACAAAGAAAGCAUCAAUAAGUGAAAAACCUUUGAAUUUACCAACUUCUAAUGAUCAAUCAUCAAAUGAUGUCGAUAAUGGUGAUGUAUAUGAAACUAUUUAUUCAUAUGAAGCAACUGAUUCAUCAGAUUUAUCAUUUGAUAUUGGUAAACGUGUUAUUGUAUUAAAACGUGAUCGUACAGGAUUAUUUCCAAAUAAUUAUGUUCAGAAAGUUAAUAACAUACAAGAAACAGCCAUUGCAAUAACA